UUCACUCCACUCCAACACUAGGCUGCUUUUUUACUAGGUUUAUUUUUGGAAUUCACUGGAAGUGGGGAGAAGGAGGAUAUGGUGUAAGAAUGCAGCACAUGCUGGACUGAAGUCAGUAUAGCUCCAGAAGACAGGAGCAGAAAGACAAGAUGAAUGAUGUGAAGCUUGCUGUCUUGGGUGGUGAAGGAACAGGCAAAUCUGCCCUUACAGUAAGGUUUCUUACCAAACGAUUCAUCGGAGAAUAUGCCUCUAACUUUGAAUCUAUCUAUAGCAAGCAUUUGUAUUUGGAAGGGAAGCAACUGAAUCUAGAAAUAUACGACCCCUGUUCUCAACCGCAGAAAGCAAAAUUUUCCCUCACAAGUGAGCUGCACUGGGCAGAUGGGUUUGUUAUAGUGUAUGACAUCAGUGACAGGUCCUCAUUUGCUUUUGCAAAAGCACUGAUCUACAGAAUUCGGGAGCCACAAACUAGUCACUGUAAAAGAGCUGUGGGAUCUGCCGUGCUUUUGGUUGGUAACAAGCAAGAUCUGUGUCAUGUCCGAGAAGUUGGCUGGGAAGAAGGACAGAAGCUGGCUCUGGAUAACCAGUGCCAGUUCUGUGAAUUGUCUGCAGCAGAGCAGUCUCUGGAGGUACACAUGAUGUUUACCAGAAUUAUCAAGGACAUCCUGACAAACUUCAAACUCAAAGAAAAGAGAAGACCCAGUGGAUCGAAAUCAAUGGCUAAAUUGAUCAAUAAUGUAUUUGGAAAGAGACGGAAAUCUGUUUAGCAGACCUAUAAUCCUAGGGGACUUAUUAUAUCAGAGAGUUCCAAAUAGUCACGUGAUAAUUAAAUGUACUCUUUGUAUGCAUUUUUUUAAAAUAAUACUCUUCGAGAUAUGA